AUUGGCAUUUCAAUUACAUUUAGUAACUUAGUUCAGUAGUAAUUUGAAAUAUCAAUUAGGGAGGAUUUUUUAUUCAAAAAUCAAAGUUGUAUCUCUUCUUCAGCGUCGUUGUAUAAAAUAUUUGUAAUUGAUAUCAAGAUGCGGAUCACAUCUGCAGCUGGAGUGAUUGCUCUUCUUGAUGAACCUGAAGAUGAUUUAAAAGUUUAUGCAUUGAACAGGCUUAACAACAUUGUUCCUCAGUUUUGGCCUGAGAUUUCAGACCAUGUGGAAAAAAUAGAAGUUUUAUAUGAAGAUGAAUCGUUCCAGCAUAGAAAAUUAUCUGCAUUACUUGCUUCAAAACUCUAUUACUAUCUUGGAUCAUUUGAAGACUCUUUGCAUUAUGCUCUGUGUGCAGGAGAUUGCUUCAAUAUCAAUGAGAAUUCUGAAUAUGUUGGAACCACCAUAUCAAAAUGCAUUGAUCACUAUACGAAACUUCGUCAACAAGCAGAAGACUGCAUAGCAGGAGGAGAUGAAAUGAAACCAGAUAUUGAUACAAGACUUGAAGCUAUUGUGAAUAGAAUGUUCGAAAAAUGUCUUGCUGAUGGUCAGUUUAAACAAGCUGUUGGAAUUGCUAUUGAAGCUCGGCGUAUGGAUGUUUUUGAACAAGCUGUUAAACUUGCACCCAAUCUCAAUGAUAUGCUUGCCUAUUGCCUUAAACUCUGCACUCAAGUUAUUGAGCAUAAAGGAUUGAGAGAGAAGAUAUUUCGUCUUCUUGUGAGAUUAUACUCAAGAUUGGAUUCUGAUUCAGGAAAAAUUGAAAAACCAGAUUACAUCAGUGUUUGCCAGGUUCUCAUCUAUUUGGAUGAUGCCUCUGCAGUAUCAGAAAUUUUGAGAAAGCUCUUGUCGGAGUCUCAAGAUCAAGUGACUCUUGCUUACCAAAUUGGAUUUGAUUUGUAUGAGAGUGCUUCACAGCAUUUCUUGUCUGAUGUUGUGCAAGCACUCAAAUCUGGUUUACCUGGUGGAAUUCAAGUUAGUGUGAAAGAAGAACAAAUAAAAUCUGAGCCAUCCACACCUGACGAUGCUACUGUUCCUAAAACUGAACAAGAAGAAAGUACUGGUGCAACGGCUGCUUCUGAUGAGACUGAAGAAGAUCGAACUCUUCGUGAAAGAAUAGAGACUCUCAGUUCAAUACUCGAUGGAGAGAAAAGCAUUGAAUUGAAUUUACAAUUUCUUAUUCGAAACAAUCAUUCUGAUCUGCAGAUCCUGAAGCUGACUAAAGAUCAAGUUCGAAAUUCUGUUUGUCAUAAUUCUACUGUGAUAGCCAAUAGUUUUAUGCAUUGUGGAACAACAAGCGACAAGUUUCUCAGAGAUAAUUUGGACUGGCUCUCUCGUGCAACUAACUGGGCAAAAUUUACGGUGACUGCGAGUCUGGGUGUCAUUCACAAAGGACAUGAAAAGGAUUCUCUUAAUCUGAUGUCAACAUACUUACCCAAAGAUUCAAGUUCAAACAGUGCGUAUCAGGAGGGUGGUGGAUUAUAUGCAUUGGGAUUGAUUCAUGCUAAUCAUGGAAAAGGAAAAAUCACAGAAUAUCUGCUGAACCAAUUGAAAUCUGCCACCAGUGAGAUUGUUCGGCAUGGAGGCUGCCUAGGUCUUGGACUGGCUGCAAUGGGGACUGCAAAACAUGAUGUCUAUGAACUCCUCAAAGACCAACUAUAUCAAGAUGACGCAAUAACAGGAGAGGCUGCAGGACUAGCUAUGGGAUUGGUGAUGUUGGGCUCAAAAUCAGAUCAAGCUAUUGAAGAUAUGGUAUCGUAUGCACAAGAAACACAGCAUGAGAAAAUCAUCAGAGGACUGGCUGUUGGAAUUGCACUGGUGAUGUAUGGAAGAAUGGAGGAGGCUGAUUCUCUCAUUCAAACCUUGAAACGAGAUAAAGAUCCAAUUUUACGUCGUAGUGCUAUGUAUACUGUAGCAAUGGCAUAUGCUGGUUCUGGAAGUAACAAGGCUAUCCAGACAUUACUUCAUGUGGCUGUUUCAGAUGUGAAUAAUGAUGUAAGAAGAGCUGCUGUUGAAUCUCUUGGAUUUCUCAUGUUCAGAACACCGGAUCAAUGUCCAAGUGUGGUUUCUUUGCUGGCUGAAAGUUACAACCCUCACGUAAGAUAUGGAGCAGCAAUGGCUUUAGGAAUCGCCUGUGCUGCAUCGGGAAGCAAGGACGCUCUGAGCCUUCUUGAGCCUCUUACCAUUGACUCAAUCAAUUACGUGCGCCAGGGAGCUCUCAUCGCAUCAGCCAUGAUUUUGAUUCAACACACGGAGGCAACUUGUUCAAAGGUGAAAUCCUACAGAGAACUCUACCGGAAAGUGAUUUCUGAUAAACACGAAGACGUCAUUGCAAAAUACGGCGCCAUCAUCGCGCAAGGGAUAUUGGACGCCGGUGGACGCAACUUGACCCUUUCUCUGCAGUCCCGCACAGGCCACGUAAAUAUGUCAUCCGUUGUCGGGAUGUUGGUCUUCUGUCAGUUUUGGUUCUGGUUUCCACUCUCGCAUUUUCUCUCGCUUACGUUCACACCGUCCUCGAUCGUGGCACUGAAUGCAGACUUGAAGAUGCCUAAGCUUAAGCUGAUAUCGCACGCAAAGCCGUCUGUGUACGCAUACCCCGCACCACUGGAAGAAAAGAAAGGACGAGAGGUGGAAAAAGUUGCUGCCGCGGUACUUUCCAUCACCGCUCGAAGUAAGGCGAAAGAAAAGAGAAAACGCGGAUCGUCCUCUAGCGCCACCGCUUCUGUAUCGACAACACCUGCACCACCUCUCACGCCACUGGUUUCAGCGGCUUCGUCAACGAAUUUGAAGGAAGAGAAAAUGGAUGUGGACGAUGAAAAGAAGGACGAAAAGACUGAGAAGGAAAAGGACAAGGGAGAGAAGAAAGAGAAAACUGCCAAGGAGGGCGAUGAAAAGGAAAAGAAAGAGCCGGAACCUGAUUUCGAAACAUUAUCCAAUCCAUGUCGAGCUGUUCCUCAGCAAUUAAAAGUUAUAUCAUUGCCAGAAAACAGUCGAUAUGAACCGUUGAAGCCGUUGACUCAUGGAGGUAUCAUUAUAUUGAAUGACAAGAAAAAGGAUGAACCAGAAGAACUUGUCGAACCUGUGAUAGCUGGAGGAGCAAAGAAAGAAGAAGAGGAUGAAGGAGACGAACCAGAACCUCCAGAACCAUUUGAAUAUACUGAAUGAGGAAAAAAAUGACGUUAUUUCUUCGUGUUUUGUGAACUGUGCUGCUUGGUUAACAUUGUCUGCUUGUAAAUAUUUUAUUCACAAGUACAGUUUGAUAAUCUCAAUAUGAGCUCGAUGUAGUUUAUGUAAAAUAGGAAAUUUUCACCAUCUCAAUUUGCGUUUAAAUAAAGGCAAAGAUAUGUACUCUUUGUCAAUUUCUA